UUUGUCAGGAGAGUGUGUGUAAGCGAACCUUCGAACAGUAGUUUUGCGAGGAGGGCAUUUCUCGUGAUUGUUUUUGCGAUCGUUUCCUGUAAAGAUCGUCAUCGGCAAGCGCGAUGGAGACGUACGAGAGCGUCCUUCUGGUGAAAUCCGAAGUGUUCGUCUUCAAAAUUCCACCAAGGUCGACCAACAGGGGUUAUCGGGCAGCUGACUGGAACCUACAGGAACCCUCCUGGACUGGACGCAUGCGAUUGGUGUCACAAGGCGACAGCAUUACAAUAAAGCUGGAAGAUAAGAUCACGGGUGAACUGUUUGCUAAGUGUCCUAUUGAGCAAUAUCCUGGGAUAGCGGUAGAACCAGUCACUGAUUCAUCUAGAUACUUUGUCCUGAGGAUCCAAGACGACAAUGGACGGUCAGCGUUUAUAGGUGUCGGCUUCUUAGACAGGUCUGAUAGUUUUGAUCUAAAUGUUGCUCUUCAGGAUCAUUUUAAAUGGUUAAAGAAUCGGGAGCAAAUUGAGAAGGAGAAGGAAAAGCCGAAACAGGAAUUGGAUCUCAGAUUUAAGGAAGGCGAAACUAUCAAGAUUAACAUGAAGAUUACCAAAAAGGAUGGCAGCGAAGUAACUUCCAAAUCCAGACAACGUACCAAUCCAGCUGUAGGUUUACCGCCUCCUCCAGGUGGUGUCAAGAUUGCUCCACCACCAGCAAAAACUCCUACUUCUUCACCAGCGCACAAGCCGUUACAAAAUCAAAAUCAAGAUGUUACCAGUUCAGAGUGGGGCGAAUUUGCUAGUGCUUCUCAAUCAGCAUCGGCAUCAGCACCUGCACCUGCACCUGCACCCACAGUAGCUAAUGCCAGUUGGGUGCAAUUCUAA